AUGUCCCACUUCUCACGUGAGGCUACAAAACUGUUGCGCGCCGCAGAGGACGCCCUUUCCGGUAGACGGCCGGCCGCUCUAUCGCUGCCUGUAGAGCAGCAAGAAUCAUGGGACAGGCGCGAUGGUGCUCUGAAUGGUAGGCAUGGGGACUCGUCUGUGUUGGAGCUGCAGCGGCAACUCCGCGUGGCGAUGACGGAGAUCAGUAACCUCCGCAACGAGCUGAUGGCGGAACGGGAGUCACGCUCGCAGACAAUUGUCUCCUUGGGCAGGCGCUGGAAGGAGGAGAUGAUGGUGGAGCUCCAUGCUGCGGAUCACCAGUCUCGUCGUGCAAUCGCGGAGCUGGAAGUGAACGUGCUGCAGCGGUACAAGGAGGAGGCGACCGCCCGGGCAGUAAUGCAACGACAACUGGACGAGGUUCUCCGCUCCUCCAAAGUUCGGGAUCGCUCGCAAUUUGAGCGGCAGGAGUACAUUCAAGAACAAAUAGACAGCCUUCGUGAGCGGCUGGAAGCAGCCGUGGCGGAGUGCGGUCUGAUACGUGUUGAGUCAACACAACAACUUGAGAAGGAGCGGGCAUCCCUUGCCCAGCGGCUGGACGUGGAGCUGCUGCGAUACUUGGACAUGCGCCGCGACGACCAACGGGAGCGUGAGAAAUUAAAGCAGCAGUUGAAGGCCGAUAUUGCUGCGAUAGGCCAUCAUGUGAGGGAAUUAGUGGACGAGGCGUGGCGAACUCACGCGACAGCGCUUGAGCGCACGUUACGCGAGCCGAUUGAUACUUUUGCACAAAAAAUAGCGCGUCACGAGGAGCUUGUUGCCGGCAUGGACGCCAAGAUUCACGACUGCACCACCACAUGUCACGCCGAAGUGCGGCUACAGACGGCAUCCCUUCAGGAGCGUGUGGGUGCAUUGGAGUCCAGCAGUGCUGUCACCGCCUCUCGUGUAGACCGGGCGGAGCGAAAGGCCGAUACCGCGCAAGAGGCCAUGAGUCGCGUGGACGCUAAUCUUGGCGUUGCCCGUGACACGGCAGAGCGGGCGCAGGCACAGGCGCAGAGAGCGAUGGAGCGGGCGCAGCGUGUGGAGGACACCGUGCAGGACCGCGAUGCACGCUUGACACAAAUUGAAACUCAUCUUGGCGCCGCCGCGACAGCAGAAAAACUGCGUGCCGAAAUUGAAAGCGUUCGACGCGCCUCACUACGCGCCGAGAGUGGCGUUGAUGCGCUGCGGCAGGUUUGCGAGCGUGACGAACAGCUGGCGGAACAAACUCGCCGUGUGGUUGACGGAUUCACGGAUCGCAUCGAGGGCUGCGAGCAGCUGGUACAUCGUCUUCGUGCCACAGUCGAGACGGUGGAAGGACGAGUGCCGCACCUGCAGCAGCGCCUUGCGGCUCUUGAAGAAACACGAGAAUCUCUUUUUGCUUCCACCACACGCCUUGAUGAUUUGGCGGCACAAUUAGGUCAGAGAGUAAAAAAUGUCGAAGCGGCAGUAAAGGGGGUUGGCGAGCGCCUUGAGCAGUCACGACGUGACACUCUUGGUGGUUUGCAGUCAGUCAACGCGCGGCUGGAGCACGCAAAUGACAUGGCGCUGCGCAGCGAGACAAGUAGUGCUGCUGCGCGGGCGGAAGUGGAUCGCAUGGAUCGUCGUUUAUGUGAACUUGAGUCACGGGCCGGACGCUUUGCAGCUGACUGCACAACGCUUCGUGCUGCGACUGAGGAUCACGCGAAGGACGUCGCCACGUUGUCAAGUCGCCUUCAGCAGGCAAUUGAGUGGCAAGAGCAGCGUGACGCUCGCAUGGAUGCCGCCAUUUUGGCAGCAGAGACGCAGAACACGACGGCCACGGAACAAGUGGCUGGACGACUGGAAACGAAGAUGCAGAGGGAUGUGCGGCGUCUGCAGUCCACUUUUGAGGAUCGUGUGUCAGCGUUGGAGACGUCGAUGGAGUCGAAGGUUGCGCCGCUUGAAGAGGCGGUGGCGAAGAUGCGCACGUUGCGUGGGGGCGAAGAGACUUCACAGAUGCUUUCGCGAGAGUUACGGACGUGCAAGUCGAAGAUUGAGUCUCUCGAGGCCGCCCUUGCCGCGAUGAGCGAUACCGUUGAGCAGGGGCAAAAGGAGUAUGUCCUUCUUCGUGACUGGAACGCCCUUCGCAAGACGGUGGCGUCACUCGAGUCGCGGCUACACGCCACUAAUGCCGACACUACAUUACAGCAGCAGACAUGUGAGGAAUUUCAGGUGAAGUUGCGACAGCUGGAGGGCGAACAGAGGCGCCAGCGUCAGGCCUUGCACGACCUUCAGGCGUCGGUGAGUGAAUGCCGUGAGGACACUUGCGCGGCAAAUCGCUCUGUUGCCGCCGUAAUCUCUCUUCAUGCAAAGGAGGGUGGAACGACCACUAGGGCUGUAACAGGAACGGGAGACGAGAGAAAGCAGGGGAAUUUUCAGGCCCCGUUAGACAACUUCAGUGAGUUGCGUUCGUCGGACCCACGCAUGCCGAGUACGUUGGCGUCCGCCGGUGGAACAGCCAUGAAGACACCCCGCACGCAUCCGCAAACGUCAAUUACCGAAGUGGUGGUAAAGGAAGAUCAGAAUGAAUCACCCGACGUGCAGGCGAUUCCAUCGUCGCGGAAAGGGGCCGAUGUCUCGCGGAGAGUCAGCUCGAGUGUGGUCAACAUGACAACAGCAACACCACCACCACCAACAAUGGAGACACGCCGAUUGAAAAGCUCAGCUGUCGAUACGACUAACCGGCAGCAGGCAAUGACGUGGAAUGAUACGACAAGCAGCGACUCUGGUGGCGCAACCCCACCAGAGAAGGUUGGUGUGGCACCCCGAGAGUCCGUCUUUGCUGCCUCCGACCUUCGUCCCCCAGCCGCAACGCCUCUCGUCGAUGCUGCUCGCACCUUUGGUGCUGAUGAUGACAACACUGAGGCGGCUGCUUCCGUCUUUGAUGCGGAAAUGAAGGCAGCAUCGAUGCAACCGCCCCACGAGUUGUCUAGCAGUAUCUUCCUACCAGAGGAACAGUCGCGUCGGAGUCGUGCAUUGUCGUUUCGGCAGCACUCAAGCAGCGCUGAAAGCGUUAUUGCGGCGGAUAGCAGUGCGGGUGCAGCUAAUGUCACUCCCGUAAAGGAUACGGCGGGAACCGCCGAGAAGGAAGCGCCACCACCGAAGCCGACUACUGCGUGGUACGACGACUGGGAUGCAAGCACUGAAAGCGAAAAAGUUUCGUCAGCUAAAGAGGGGCAGAAGGAAGAGACAGCGUCUGCGGCCGCCCCACACACAGGUGUUGCGCCGUCGUCACAUGGCGAAGGAAUUUAUUCCACGCCGCGAAAAACUUUUUUGACGUUCGUCAAGGAGCCGUCAGAAGAUGCGGCUUUUGUGCCACGCCACGGUGUCGCGACGUCCGCCUCCACUUCCUCCGGUGAAUCCAGGAGAAAAGAAGCAAAGCCGGUGAUGCCGGCCUCUGAGCCAAAACGCUUCACGAGCUUUGACGAUACCACAUCCGAGGACGAGGAAAGUGAGAAGGAAUUCUGA